AUGAGCUCUGAUCAAACUGCAUUUGGUAAGCCAAUGCUGAAGCAUUGGCUUUUUGAUCCAUCCUAUAAACCCUUGAAUCACGGUUCAUUUGGUGCACACCCGGCGCCCGUCCGUGACGCUCACCGUAGCUUCCUCGACCUUGCGGAACGGCAGCCCGAUCCUUAUAUUCGGGUGCAACACUACGAGUUGCUGGAAGAAGCACGCCAUGAACUAGCAAAGCUUCUUAAUGCUGCAAAGGAUGAAUGCGUCUUUGUCAAGAAUGCGACCACCGGCGUCGCAACGGUGCUGUAUAAUUUGAAUUUCCAGCCCGGCGAGGCGGUGAUCAUGUUUGAGACGGUUUAUGGUGCCGUGGAGAGAAAUCUGAUCUCACUGCAAGAACAUUCUUCUCUCCAGACUCGCAAAGUUGUCUUUGAAUAUCCGAUCUCCGAAGAUGAACUCGUGCGUCGCUUCCGGAACGUCAUUCACAAAACACGGUCCGAAGGCUUGAAAGUGCGUGCGGCGGUCUUCGAUACGAUCGUGAGCAAUCCAGGCGUGCGCUUCCCCUUUGAGCGUCUCACGGCGAUUUGUCGGGAUGAAGGCAUCUUAAGUGUGAUUGACGGUGCUCACGGCAUCGGUCACAUUCCUCUUAACAUGAGUGAAUUACAACCGGACUUUUUCGUCUCCAACUGCCACAAAUGGCUCUACACUCCUCGUUCAUCCGCAGUUCUUUAUGUUCCUAAACGGAAUCAGCACUUGAUUCGAACAACCAUGCCUACUUCGUGGGGCUUCAUUCCGGCAGUCGAUUCCUCCGAGUCUGCCGAGUCCGUCUCCUUGAAUAUAGACUCGACUCCGACCAAAACCCUCUUUGAAAAGCUCUUCGAAUACGUUGCCACCAGCGACGACUCAGCUUACCUAUGUCUUCCUGCCGCAAUCCAGUUUCGCCGGGAGAUUUGUGGUGGCGAAGAGGCUAUCAUCUCGUACUGCAUCGACCUCGCCCGUGAAGCCGGAGACACAGUGGCGGCAAUCCUGAAGACAGAGGUUAUGCAAGAGCCGGAUUUGAAGCCUGGAGAGAUGAGCAACAUGCGACAGUGUGCGAUGGCCACAGUGAGCCUGCCCAUAGGUGUCGCUGAUGAGGGCACUACUGUGUCAGGUGCUGCUGUAACCAUCACUCCGGAUGAAGCUGCCCGCGUUUCGGCGUGGGUGACAUCCACCCUCUUGACAAAACACAACACGUUCGUGCCGAUCUUUCAUCAUGGAUCGCGGUUGUGGACGCGGUUGAGUGCGCAGAUCUAUUUGGAGAUAAGUGACUUUGAGUGGCUGGCUGGUGUGUUGCAGGAUUUGUGCGAUCAAGUUGCUCGAAAGGAGUUUUGA